AUGAACAACCAGCCGAACAACAUCAGACAGACGAGCAUAAACCUGUCAAACCAUGAGAGACACGCAGAAGAGCGUGAUUACCAUGUGCGACCAACCGUAUUGGAAGUAAAGCUAAAGUUUACACAGAGGAGUGACCGGUACACGGUAGACUAUGAGAUAUUGAAGGAUUUAAAUAUUUUGAGAAUUGAUGAGAUUGUUAUUGCGGUGGAUGAUGGUGGAGCGUAUGGGUGUAGGGUGCUUGUGGUGUAUCCUGCCAAUUACGGAGAUACUUGCGGGGGUACUGGUACAAGGUUUAGUGGGGAUGACUAUUUCAAUGGCAGGCAUUAUAGCGAUAAGGAAUGCGAUACAUAUCGUGAUAAGUACUGCGAUAAACGUGGUGAAAGAUACAACAAUGCUUUUAAUCAUGCAUAUGACAGUAACGAUGACCUACCUCUAAACUUCUCAGAUAAGGACGUACCCAGAUCAAAGAACGAAAACAGCAAUAAAAUACAUUUCUUGGCUGAAGGACAGAACGAGUACAAUUACAACAAACAGCUCAAAGAUACAAAGCAUGAUGGUGAACGAAUGGCAUACAAUUCCAUAUUUCCGUAUUACACCGAUAAACCAGUGCUAGAUAUUAAUCUGAGGAAGAACAGUGAUAAUGACGAGAACGUGAACAACGGUAAAUAA